AUGACAUUAAGUUCAGAAAGAAGAAGAUCACGUAGUUCUUCAAUUACAAGAGCUCGUUCCUUUUCCGCAUCUAUUAAAUCUAUCUUUAAAUCAAGUCAUAAACUUGAUGAUGAAGAAGAUGAAGAAAUAGAUCCAAGAGAAUCUAUUAAAUCUUUUUCAACUCGUUCAAGACAACAAUCACCUGCAUCAACAAGAACUAUAGAUCAAAAUAAAAUACUUACAAAACUUCCUGAGGGGAAAGAAUCAAAAGCAUUAAAUUCAAGAAAUAAUAGUAAUCGAUCAAUGGGACCACCUCAAAGUGCACGUACCAUUAGUCCAACAUCAACUAGAAAAAAUAGUAGAUCAGCUAUAUCACCAACAAGAGCAAUGUCAAUCAAAUCAGAAGAAUCAUAUGUAUCUGAUGAAGAUAAUAUGAUGGAUAAAGUUGCAUUUCCAAAACCUGAAGCAUUUUAUGAAAGUGAUACAGAUUCUGCAAUAAGUACUAUCGAUGAAGAUCGUAUACCGAGAGGUAGAGAAAGAGGUAGAAAAAGUGAUAGAGAUAGAACAAGAGCUCAAUCAAUUAAUACUGGAAGUAUAUCAGAAGAAAUGAAUGAUCUUUCUAUUGAUAUGAUGUUAGAAUCAAAUAACUUACCAAGACGUACAGCAUCUACAAAAUCUUUCUCUGUAAGAUCUACUAGGCCAACAGCUGAACAAAGUAAUGGUACAUCAAUUCAACCUACAAGACAAAAUUCAAGCCAUCAACAUAGAAAUAGUACAACAUUUAAUUCAAGAAAUGGAAUGAAAACUGUACCAAUAUUAGCAUCUCAAUCAUCAUCAUCAGCAUCUAAUGUCAGUAGACAUAAUAGUACCAGUAAAGCUAGGUCAGCUGGUAAUUCUAAUAAUAAUGAUAUUAAGAAAUCAAAUUCAUUAAGAAAAGUUGAUUCUGCAUCUUCUGUAUCAUCAAUGACAGCAAGAGAGAAUAAAUUGGGAAGACCAAAUAUACGAGGAAGACCACAUGCUGAUACUGUAUCUGCAUCUAAUUUACAACAUUAUCAUAAUUCCAAUUGUUAUCAUUCCCCAAAUGAUGAUGCUAAAUGUAUACUUUCAGUAGAUAAUUUUAAAGUCUUUGAAAAUGGAACACAUGAACAUAAUCUGAAAACUAUAUCAUUGGUACAUGGUUCUGGUGAUGGAUCUAACUUAAAGUCUCUUGGUAGUAUGUUUUCAUUCUCUGGCUUUUUUAAACCACAUUCUAAAGUCGAUGAUAAUUCUUCGAUUCCACAUGAAAAGGAUGAAGAUCGUCUAAUACAUUUUAAAGAUGCUAUAUCUUUGAUCCCAAAGAAGGCUAUACACAGUACAGAGGUUCGUUCGAGGAGUAACCCUGGUGAAACUGAUGACAAUAAUACCAGUAAUGAAGAUGAUAUUAAUGAUGACAAUGAUCCUGAUAAGAAAAGAAGUAAUUCUAAGAAAAAUAUCCCACAAGUGGUCAAUCCAAAGGCAGCUGUUAGUUCAGAUGAAUUAGAAUUAAUUAAUACAUUAUCAAAGAAAAUAUUAAGUGGCCUUAGUGGGAAGAGAAAGACAAGUAUAAAAUCACCUGAUGAUCCUAAUUCGCCUGCUGUAUUUUCUGAUCUCUAUGGUAAAUCCAUUGGUACUAUUGGACAAGGUGCUUAUGGUGUUGUUAGUGUUAGUUCUAGACCAUUAUUAUUAGAUGAUAUACCACCAUAUCCGUCAUUUGUGAAAGAAAAUAGAAUGUAUUUUGCGGUUAAAGAAUUAAAACCAAGAUCAAGCGAUCAAGUUGAAAAAUUUAGUACCAAGAUUACAUCUGAAUUUAUUAUUGGACAUUCUUUAAGUAGAAAAAAUAAAUGUUUAGGUAGAGCACCACCUAAUAUUCUUACAGUAAUUGAUUUAAUGGAAAAAGAUAAUACGUUUAUUGAAGUUAUGGAAUUUUGUCCAUCUGGUGAUUUAUACAGUUUAUUAACUAGAAAAAGUAAAAGUGGUACAUCAUUACAUCCAUUAGAAGCAGAUUGUUUUAUGAAACAACUUUUGAAUGGUGUUAAAUAUAUGCAUGACCAUGGUGUAGCCCAUUGUGAUUUAAAACCUGAAAAUAUAUUAUUUCAACCUGAUGGAUUAUUAAAAAUUUGUGACUUUGGUACAAGUUGUGUAUUUCAAACAGCUUGGGAAAGACAUGUUCAUUUUCAAAGUGGUGCAAUGGGAUCUGAACCAUAUGUCGCACCAGAAGAAUUUAAUAUUAAUAAUGAAUAUGAUCCAAGAUUAGUUGACUUAUGGAGUUGUGGUGUUGUUUAUUGUACGAUGGUUUUAGGUCAUUAUUUAUGGAAAAUUGCAUCUCCAGGUAAUGAUUCAUUAUAUGAUUCAUUUUUAGAAGAAAUGGAAGAAGAUAAACAAUUUUAUUUAUUUGAAGAAUUAAGACAUGUCAAUCAUGAUAUUAAUAAAUUAAGAAAAAUUGCACUUUAUAAAAUUUUUCAAGUUAAUCCAGAACGUAGAAUUACCGUUGAUCAAUUAUUAUUGAGUUCAUGGAUGAAACGUACUAGAUGUUGUAUUAGUUAUAAGAAGGUUGCAUGUUAA